CUGAGCUGAGAAGAUGAGUCUUCAGUGGACGGCCGUAGCGACCUUCCUGUAUGCCGAGGUCUUCGUUGUCCUCCUUCUCUGCAUUCCCUUCAUAUCCCCCAGAAGGUGGCAGAAGAUCUUCAAGUCUCGUCUGGUGCAGCUCAUCGUGGCCUACGGGAACACGUUCUUUGUGGUCCUCAUAGUGAUCCUGCUAUUGUUACUGCUCGAUGCAUUUCGGGAGAUCCAGAAGUAUGGCGUCGGGGAUCAGGUGGACCUCAAGAACAACCCGGUGGCGGUGGAGCACAUCCACAUGAAGCUGUUCAGAGCCCAGCGGAACCUUUACAUCGCCGGCUUCUCCCUCCUGCUGGCUUUCCUGCUGAGACGUCUCGUCACCCUGAUAUCCAAGCAAGCCACCAUCAUUGCAUCCAAUGAGGCCUUCAAGAAGCAGGCUGAGAGUGCCAGCGAUGCCGCCAAGAAAUACAUGGAUGAGAAUGACCAGCUGAAGAAGCAACUAAAGGCCGCUGGGAUUGAGGUCAGCGACCUGUCGGAGAGCAACGCCGAGGAGGAAAACAAGACGCUGAAGGGAGAAGUGAAGAAGUUGAGGAGUGAACUGGAAUCCACCAAGAAAU